AUGACCUCUCCUUCAUCUUCGGGUCAGCCAUCCUCUCCUUCCUUGUCUGCUUGUCCCACUGCUUCUUCCGUUUCUGCGCCGUUUUUGCUGUGGCACGUUUCGCAGGCCUUCCGCUUUUUUGCAGACGCCCUCGAGCCGCCAGCUCUGCAUCCCCUUUUGUGUGCGUCGCGGCGCCUCUACAUUCAUCACCGCGCGCGCGUUUCCGCUUUCUCGUUCCGACCCGAGGAGGCCCCUGAAGCGCUGUCUGCGCUGCCGGGCGACAGCGAGGCGGACAGCGAAGGAUCUCGGACCCGCGACUCAUCCUGCCCCCUCGGCGGCGCGAAGGCAGCAGACUCUUCUUCUUCCUUGGCUUUUUCGCGCUCGUCACUGGGUUCCUCCUCGUUCGUACUGACCUGCGCGCCUCUGCCUUCUUCCUCGCCCGCCUCACGUGCGCCGAGGCGUUGCGGCGCUGCGACCUGCUCGCCCGCUGCUUCCGAUCCUCCCGCGGGCGCCUCUCCGUCCUUGGCGGUUUUGUCGGGCCGACGAUCGGCGCCCCUAACCCUCGAAUCAUCUUUUUCGGCAGCGCAGGAAGGCCGCGCGACUUGGGCAGUCUCCAUGCGCCUGCCAGCGGACGCGCCGCGCGCCCACCGACACCGCGUCUCGCUUUUCAUCCCGCUCGCUUUCUCUCUCGAUGCGCGAUCUUCUUCUUCCGCCUCCGCGCCACGUCUCUCGUCUUUUUCGGCUCACGCGCCUGAGGAGGACUGCGGCUGCACCUCCGCGGGCGGCUUGGGCGUCCAGCCGGGGGACUCAAGGCGCAUGACGGGCUCUCGCCGCGGAGGCGGAAAUGAGCAUAUUAAGACGGCGCGCCCGAGCCCCGCGCCGUCCGCGUCGUGCUGCUGCGUGCUCGCGAGGGCCUACGGAGGGGCGCCUUGUCACCACGUUUUCGCGUCUUUUCUCCUUCUCGCUCGACAGCUGCUGCUGGCGUGCCGUCAAGAGGCGCGCGGCGACGCGAGCGCGCAAGAGUGCGGAGAUCUCGAAAACCAGGGCGAAAGCGACCUCGUCUGGCUCGGGGACUCGCCUGCGAAGGACGAGCAGGAGCCAGACGCGCGCGACAUGAACGCUGGAAAAGCGCGCAACGCAAAAAGCACCACAGAGGCCAGAGCGGCGCGCGGCGGAGACGCCGGGAGCGCGAGACGAGGGAAGAAGACGACGCCUGAGGCUCGCCGCGCGGGAGCGGAGCGAGGGACAAACGAGACGGCAGAGGACGCAGACGAGUCGCCGGACUCGCCCCGCCUCGUCGCGGGGCCGCGAGGUUCUCCGUCGCGGCCAGAAGGCCCGGAGCGAGGCCCCAGACGAAGGCGGAGAUCGUGCGAGACAGAGGAGCCGCGAGAGCGGAAAAGACAGCCGUCACCGUCGCGCCUCGAGUCUGAAGAAGAAAGCGCGAGGAGACCGCGAGUGAAAGCCGGGGAAAAACCGGCGCGUCGAGCAAGGCGCGCGGGGCUUUGCGCGGCUUCAGACGAAGAUGAAGAGAUCUCGCGCGGACUUUACUCGGAAUCGCUUGCCGCAACAGCGGGCGGCGGAGACGCCGACUUGCGCUCUGCGGCAGCCGCGGGAGAGGUUGCCGAAUGCGCGUCGUCACCCCUGUCGAUCUCCUCUUCCGUCGCAGACUGCCUUGCGGCUGUUAGCGCGGAGGCGGCAGCGCCCUCGCAGGACGACGACGUCACAGACUCGAGAGACGCGCGAGACGCGAACGCCGACGAUGCAGCCUCACAUCACGAAGACGCUGUGAAGGGCGGUGAGGCCGGAGACCGGCGCGCCGAGGGCUCGCGAUCGAGGCAGCGCGGCACGGGAGACGCGGAAGCGCCGCCAGAACUCUCGCUGGAAGAGUCGAUCCGUCGCGCGGCACCGGCAGACGCGCGGCGUCUCAGCGCAGAUGCGCCGGCGCACUGCGACCUCCGAGACCGCGAGAUAGACGCCGAAGAUGUGCUCGGAACGAGGGGCGACCCUUCGGCCGCGGCGCGUACUCCACGCAUUUCGUGUGAGUCGGCGUCGGCGUCCGCGCCUUCCUCUCUCUCCGUCUCGUCCUUCUCCGCUGGCGCGUCACUCUCUGCAUCUUCCCCUUCUUUAAAGUCUUCGCCUUCCUGCGUCCCCUGUGACCUGGCGCCUGCGCGCCCGUCGCCGCUUUGCCGCACGUCGGACGCCCCAGCGACCGACGCAGGCGCGCGCAUCGCAGGAGAUCUUCCGCAGCGGCGGGCGGGGCCUGCGCCUCGGUUUGCUGGGCGGCCGGCGGAGGAGACGUGGGCGACGGUGUCCAGCGUCUACUCUCCGAACUCCUUGCUGCAAAAACAAGUGCGCAGCCUUGCCUCACCGUGCGCGAGGCCUGCCGGUCAGCAGCGAGAGGAGAAGCCAAAACGACUUGCAAAGGACCUCAAGGCUGCGCGCGCGACAGAAACGGAGGCUGUGGAGGAAGAAGUCGAUGAGAUCGUAGAUUCGUCGGAAGAGGACGGCGAGGAGGGCGCCAUUGUCAAAAGAGAGAAGCAAGCAGGCAGCGCCUCCUCACGCGCGCCAUUUUCUUCUCCGCUGCAGCCGCGGAGCUCGUUGAGGUCGUUGAGCGACGAGGCCGCGACGAAAUCGAGAUGCGGCGACCCGGCCGACGCGCGUGCGGGCAGUGCCUCGCCUCGCUUCCAGGUCUCGUCGCCUCGCCUGAGUCGCUUUUCUACGCCUCUCUCUUCCCCCCGAUCUUCCUCCGCCGCGGCUGCCUCCCGCGCCUCGCGUCUGUCUUUCUCUUCUCCAUCAUCACGCUCUUCGGGGUCGGCAUCGGCGCCGUCGGCUUCGCUCUCCUCUCCGCUCGCGUGCCUCCCGCGGUCGCCAGUCAAGCCCGACGGCCGCGAGGUCCAUAGCCCCUUUUUCUCUCCGCAGUCCGGGCGCCGCCCAGCGACCGGCCGCGCGGCCGCCUCACCGCAGACGCCUCCGCACUUUGUCUCUCCAGUCGUCGCACCCGCGCCGCUUCGGCGGAACUCUUUGCCGAGCGAGGGGCCGGGGGGGGGGGGAUCGCCGCACUCACGCCUGAGCGACGGAGCAGCCUCCGCGAGGCCGCCGCCAGGCGCGCGGGCCUUUCCUACGGCUCCCCUCAGCGCGGCGCAGAGAUGGCGGCGCGGCUCGCCUCGCACAGCGCGUCAGUCCCUCCCCUGCGGGGCUGCCGCGCGGCGCGGGCGACCAGCGUUCCCGCGGAGUCCGCAGUCUCAGGUGCGACGCCGCGGAGGAGGCACUGCGGGAGCCCCGGGGGUGGGCGACACGCCGCCGCGCGCCGACCACUGGGGCGAGACCGCGCCCGCGAGCGACCGCGACGCCUCGCUCCCGUCGCCCGACAGGCGGAGCCCUGCGGACAGAGGCGGAGCUGCGCCGUUGACGCUGCAGCGGAAACAAGAGCUGUGGAGGCAGGUGUGUGUGAGAUUCAGUCGCUGA